UCUCCACGACCCCUCCCCUCCUCCCGGCCUCAGCCGCGGCUCCCGGCGGCCCGGCGGUCGACCCCGGCGCGGUCUCCUUCUCCUCCGGGGCCCGGCGCAGCCCGAGAGCCCCGCAACGAGGAGCGGGAGGGGGGCGCCGAGCGCUCGCACGACACGCGCCGCGGCGGGACCGGCCGCGGGGGGCGCCCCCGGCGCGCCUCCCUCCUCGCGCCUGCCGCGCUCCCCUCCCCCGUCCCCGGUGGCCCGGGGGCUGCCGGCCGCGCGUCCAGCCGGAGGCGGGGUGUCUCCCGGGAGGGGCCCGCCAGGCCGAGACGCGGCGAUGGAGGAGCCGCAGCGCGCCCGCUCGCAUACCGUCACCACCACCGCCAGCUCCUUCGCCGAGAACUUCUCCACCAGCAGCAGCAGCUUCGCCUACGACCGCGAGUUCCUCCGCACCCUGCCCGGGCUCCUCAUCGUGGCGGAGAUCGCUCUGGGACUGCUGGUGUGGACGCUUAUCGCCGGAACCGAGUACUUCCGGGUCCCUGCUUUUGGCUGGGUCAUGUUUGUAGCCGUAUUUUACUGGGUCCUCACCGUCUUCUUCCUCAUCAUCUACAUAACAAUGACCUACACCAGGAUCCCUCAGGUGCCCUGGACAACAGUGGGGCUGUGCUUUAAUGGCAGUGCCUUCGUCUUAUACCUCUCGGCUGCUGUGGUGGAUGCAUCUUCUGUCUCCCUGGAUACGAACAGCCACAACUUCAACAGUUGGGCAGCCUCGUCGUUCUUCGCCUUCCUGGUCACCAUCUGCUAUGCUGGGAACACAUAUUUCAGCUUUAUAGCUUGGAGAUCCAGGACCAUCCAGUGAUUUGCCGUUUUGAGAAUUAAAAGGGAGGGAGAAAACAGGAAGAAACCUCCUUGUAAAAAUGAAACAAAAAAAAAAAAACACAACAAACUGUAGGUAUGAUGUAUAUUUCCAGAGAAUUGUAUUUAACUAAUGUUUUUAUAUACUUAGUUAAAUUUGCUAGCAGUGGUUUGUUACCAUUAACUGGAUACUUACUUGCAAAUCACUGUAGCUUAUAAUGAACUCUCAAAUAUCUUGUGGAUGUCUUCAUAGACCUUAUUUUCUUAGACAACAUAUAAAUAGAUAAAUUGCUCAUAUUAAGACUGUGUCAAGUUUGUAAACCUAACUCUUCAAAUGCCAGCGUCUUUUCUGAUUAAAUGUUUCAAAAUCUCC